CCCAAAAGCGAGUGAAUGAAGUUAUAAAAAACACGUGUCUGUGUUUAGACGUGAGAAUCUAAAGCUGAGCUGUAUAAAUUGCUUGUCUCUGUCAUUGCCACUUCUCUACAAACCCUAAAGAGAAGAGACCGCCAAAAAAAUAAAAAAAUAAAACUAUUUUUUCUUUCUCUCUCUCUGUCUCUCUCGAUAUCGACGGUAAAUGGCGUCGGGUUGCGUUAAAAAUGUUGGUACUUCGGCGAGUCACUCUUGGACGAGUUCCUCCAAAAUGUCAUUGACCCGUGAAUCUCAACCGUUGGAUCCGCAGAUGGAAGAUCUUGCGGACGACUUUGAGUUUCUUCUCGAAGAUCCCGUCACAAUGCUGUCCGCCGACGAGCUUUUCUCCGACGGGAAGCUAGUCCCGCUUAAGUUUUCCGGCGUGACUAAUUCGGAAGAGAAGCCUAUGGCUAUAAUAACAACGUCGGCGGUUAACACAACUGUGAAACCAUGCCGAAGAAUAGAGAUGGAGAUCUCAACCGGAGUCGCUGAUCCUUAUCUCUUCUCUCCAAGAGCUCCUCGUUGCACUGUGAGAUGGCGUGAGCUUCUAGGUCUUAAGAGACUCGCUAAAACGCAAGAAGAAGCGUCAGCUUCGUCUUCAUCGUCACGUUUGUCUUCUUCUUCUCCAAACCCGAAAACGGCAUCGUUUAGACAUUUUCUCAACCGAGGUUCCAAAUCCACCGCUCAACCACCGUCUCCUCCGCCGUUAGGAAAAGACUCAGACGUCUUGGAGUCAUCGUCAACGUCGAUCUCCUCCUCACGUCUCUCACUCUCGUCGUCUUCUUCCUCCGGUCACGAGCUCGACGACCUUCCAAGACUAUCUCUAGAUCUUGACAACAACAAACCCGGAACACCAAACCCCUUCGCUCGGUCACGUGCCCACCACCACCACCACUUACGUAACCCGAACCAACCGAGGAAGCCAAGACGUCACACACAGGCUGAUGAAUCGACAGAGAGUAGUAUCGAGUCAAGGGGAAUGACUGUAACGGCUGAUAGUCCAAGACUCAAUGCUUCAGGGAAGAUCGUGUUUCAUGGACUAGAGAGAAGCUCAAGUAGUCCCGGUAACUUCACCGGAGGACCAAGGAUGAAGCUUCACCAUGGCAUGCCGAGAUCUCACUCUGCUAAUGUCAGAAUCACUCCUGUUCUCAAUGUUCCUGUCUCUUCUCUCCGUAGCGGACCUAAGUCAGGUCUCUUCUUCGGCCAGCUUUUCGCUUCUUCUUCUUCUUCUUCUUCUUCUUCUUCUUCUUCUUCCUCGUCAUCGUCUUCGUAUUCGUCGUCUGGAAACAGAGCACAGUUACAGAGCAUCAACACGAAGAACCGUACAAAUCGAACCAGACUUGAACCGACCAGUGAACUGUAAGAACCGAACCGAAUUCUAAUUGUACCGGCUUUAUUAGUUUUGUUAUUGGGGCUGUUUCGUUAGAUGAGAUUAUAUUUGGGGUCAGAAUGUAAAUAAGGUGAAGUAUUUGAAUUUUUUUUUGUUUUGAUGUUGAGGCUCUUCUACGUAGAGCGGGUUGUUCGAUACCCAAAGUGAGUCAGUCACAUUAAUUACUGUAGCGAGAGUGAGAAGUGCUUCCCAUGUUCAGAGAUCGAUUCCGAAAGAUAUUAACCACAUGCUUAGAUAAUAUAAACAAGUUUUUGACUCA